AUGGCGGAGUCUCGUUCGUUAUCGGAAUUAACCAGACAAAUCGCUCCACCAACUAAGAGCGGCCAUGCACCACCACCCACAGAAUCGAGAAAGAGCUAUCAAUCUGUCAAUCCUUUCCGUGUCGGGCGGGCUGCCGAAUCGUGCCGGAUCGCGCGUGCCCGGCGGACGAUCGGGGGGACGGACCCGCGGGGUGCGACCGAACCCGCGGAACUCCCCCCGGCCGCCGAGGGGCGGAUCCGCUCUCAUCGGGGCUUCCGCGGCCCCGCGCUUUCCCGUCCAGUGGGGUUCCGGGCACUUUGCGAUAUUUCGAGCACGCCGUCGGGUACCGGGGGAGGUCGGACGCCCUCCCCCGUGGCCGGGCAGGAGCCCUCGGGGUCCCGCGGACUCCGGCGGGUCGCUCCCUUGAGGACUUCCACCUGGAGGGGGGGGGGGGCGGUCGGGACCCCCUCACCCAGGCGGGAGCGCUCCCGGCCCGGCCGAUCUCGCACCCCCUCUCCCUUCCGGACUUCCGUGGGGGGGACCCCCUCCGGGCUCCCGCUGCUACCGGGGCGGGAGAGCUCUCCCUCCCGGGCUAGGAAUCUCCCGGAGGCUGCCGGAUCGCUCUGUGUCCCGGGUGCCCUCGGAGCCUCCCGGGGGACCUCGCUCCGAUCCGGGCCGGCCCCGCGGAACUCCCCCCGGCCGCCGAGGGGCAGAUCCGCUCUCAUCGGGGCUUCCGCGGCCCGCUCAUUUCCGGUCCAGAGCUCCACGGUCCCCGUCUCCCCCAGAUCUCCUGGAGGCUGCCUGGCGGGGCCGUGUCCCGCGUGCCCUCGGAGCCUCCCGGGGGACCUCGCUCCGAACCCGGCCGGCCCCGCGGAACUCCCCCCGGCCGCGGAGGGGCAGAUCCGCUCUCAUCGGGGCUUCCGCGGCCCGCUCAUUUCCGAUCCAGAGCUCCACGGUCCCCGUCUCCCCCAGAUCUCCUGGAGGCUGCCUGGCAGGGCCGUGUCCCGCGUGCCCUCGGAGCCUCCCGGGGGACCUCGCUCCGAUCCGGGCCGGCCCCGCGGAACUCCCCCCGGCCGCCGAGGGGCGGAUCCGCUCUCAUCGGGGCUUCCGCGGCCCCGCGCUUUCCCGUCCAGUGGGGUUCCGGGCACUUUGCGAUAUUUCGAGCACGCCGUCGGGUACCGGGGGAGGUCGGACGCCCUCCCCCCUGGCCGGGCAGGAGCCCUCGGGGUCCCGCGGACUCCGGCGGGUCGCUCCCUUGAAGACUUCCACCUGGAGGGGGGGCGGUCGGGACCCCCUCACCCAUGCGGGAGCUCUCCCGGCCCGGCCGAUCUCGCACCCUCUCUCCCUUCCGGACUUCCGUGGGGGGGGGACCCCCUCCGGGCUCCCGCUACUACCGGGGCGGGAGAGCUCUCCCUCCCGGGCUAGGAAUCUCCCGGAGGCUGCCGGAUCGCUCCGUGUCCCGCGUGCCCUCGGAGCCUCCCGGGGGACCUCGCUCCGAUCCCGGCCGGCCCCGCGGAACUCCCCCCGGCCGCGGAGGGGCAGAUCCGCUCU